GUUUAUACGCUUGUUGUCAUAUCGCAAACUACAGGCGUUCAGUUUGUUCCUCUGCGGCAUUCUUACAGCCUGGUGAGACACGAGCACAAGCAGCGGUUUGAAUGUUCGGCGCGUUUUAACUGCAGCAAUUUAGUAACAACAGUGAAAGAAAACGCAGAAUGGCCUCCCCUGCCACAAGCAAUGAUGAGGGCGCGUUCAAGACCCCUAAAACCGUCCGUGUGAAGAGUAUUGGAAGCAAUGGAGGGACCCCAGUCACCAUCCCAGCUUCACCUUUCAUGAAGAAGUUGGGAUGUGGGACUGGAGUCAACGUUUACCUCAUGAACAGAAUGGGGAAGUUGAAUGCGUCUCCCUGGGCUGUCAAGAAGAUCAACACUAAGUGUGCAACGAAACAGGUGGCCGUAUACCAGAAGCGCCUGAAUGAGGAGGCAAAGGUCCUGAAGGGAAUCAAUCAUCCAAACAUUGUUGGGUUUCGUGCCUUCACCACGGCCAAAGAUGGAUCAAAGUGUCUGGCCAUGGAGUACGGAGGAGAGCAGUCUCUGAAUGACCUGAUAGAGAAGAGGAGGGAGGAUGGCCUGAAAGCCUUCCCUGCUGCCAACAUAGAAAAAGUAGCACUGCAUGUUGCGCGUGGCCUUCAGUAUCUUCACAAUGAGAAGAAGCUGUUGCACGGUGACAUGAAGUCAUGUAAUGUUGUCAUCAAGGGCGACUUUGAGACCGUCAAGAUCUGUGAUGUUGGUGUUUCUCUGCAGCUGGACGAGAACAUGAGAGUGUCAGAUCCAAAGGCGGAGUACAUCGGCACAGAGCCGUGGAAACCGAAGGAAGCUCUGGAUGAGGGAGGAGAGAUCACAGACAAAGCUGAUGUCUUCGCCUUCGGUCUGACUCUGUGGGAGAUGAUGACGCUGACCAUGCCUCAUCUGGAGAUGCUGGAGGAUCACAACGACGAGGAGGAUGAAGGUGAGAUGCUCUGUGGCCUCAGGAAGCCCUAAAUUUCACUUUUACUG